CUUGGAGCACAGGCGUCGUGCCAGAACCGGAGCUGGACAAUAUAAGUUUGUGUCACGUGUUGCUAAACUUUUUUUCGUAACAAAUCUCAGAUCUCGUCUCGGCGUUUGAUGCUGCAGCCGACAGACGGACGUGACGUCACGCGGAGCCAGAAGAAGAAGAACGAGCUCGUUUCAGCAGUGACGUCAUUGUCGAUUUAUUUGCAGAGACAUUUGUUUGUCGUCGUCAUCUCAUGUUUGAGCUGUAAUGUUUACCUUCCUAGUUUUGCAUGCUGACAUUUUCCCACGUGGCAGAAACCAAAGUCCAGCUGAGGCUGAUAACGGAGCUUCACCGGACGUUUGAUCAGCUGUGUCAGAAACAUUUUUAAAACAUCUGAACCACCAUGAUCUCACACUCCUGCACCUACAGAGGACACAGCGGCACGUUAGCGUGAUAAGUGUGUAUUCAGUGUCUAUGUACUGAACGUAACCGGCUUCAUCGAGGCCGGCACUCACUCACUAUCUGUGUCGUCUCUGUCUCUCAAAAUAUCGUACACAAGUCUAAUUAAAUUUUUAUGUCACUGUUUUGUAGCAAGUGAGCCAGACUCAGACGUCGAAGCUGUGUACAUGAAAAAACCAAAGCCAGAACACAACAGGUAGAGUAACUCUGACUGUUUAAGUAAAAGUACAAAAGCAUCAAAAUGUACUUGAAGUACCAAAAAGUAAAAGAACUCCUGAGGAAGAGGAAGAGCUGCUAUACAUUUAAUGAUUGAUGAUUAUCGAUCCAUUCACGUGCUCAUCACUUUAAAGCGACUCGAUGGAUAGUUUGUGCACACGAUGACUCCCUCAUCAGGUUUGAGAUUAAAGACUGUAUGAACAGUAUGAAAAUGAACCGCGCGAUAGGAAAAUAACCAUCGACUUUGCAUGAAGCUGAAAGCUGAAAGCUGAGUUUAUAAGUUAAUAAAUGACGACAGCAGUAAUAUGAAGAGCUGCACAUCGACAGUCACAGACUAAAGCAGAGGAGCGAGGAACAGACGAGGAUGGAGAAAGUUCUUCUGAUCGUCAUCGCAGCAUCAGGGCUGUGUGCUGUCUCAUCACAUGCUGGACGUCAGUACCAUUUUGUUUACGAGCUGAAGACCUGGACUGAAGCUCGGAGUUACUGCAGAGAGAAAUACACAGACCUGGCUACGAUAGACAACAUGGAGGACAUGAACACCCUGAACAGCAUGGUAGAUCUGAGCAAGAUGGCCGACUUUGAAUACAAGCACCGAGCCUGGAUAGGGCUGUAUGAUGACGUGGACAGCUGGAGGUGGUCACUGUCAAACAGAACGUUCUACACAGGCAGCCAGGCUGAGUUCAGGAAGUGGCAGACUAAAGAACCAAACAACCAACACAGUGGAGAACACUGCACAGAAAUGUAUUCUGGACUGUGGAACGAUAUAAAUUGUGAAGCACGUCUUAUGGCGGUCUGCUUAAAUAUAACAGGAUCGGAUGUGACAUUUGUCCUCAUCAACAAAACCAUGACGUGGACUGAAGCUCAGAAACACUGCAGAACAAACUACACAGACCUGGCCAGCGUGAGAAACAUGACAGAGAACGAGAUGGUGAAGCAGCUGGUACCUGCAGGACAAACGGUCUGGAUCGGCCUUUACAGAGACUCCUGGAAGUGGUUGGAUGGAAGUAACUCUUCGUUUAGGUACUGGCAUGACGUGGAACCUAAUAACAGGGGUUUAAAUGAGACUUGUGUAGCCGCUGACUUUAGCCACUCUGGACAAUGGGAGGACUGGAACUGUGACGUCAAGCGAGAAUUUGUUUGCUACAGUGUCACUGGUGUUACGAAGCAAGUGUUGAAAGUGAAGCUGAAGUUGAAGAAAGACUCCUCUCGGGACCUGAAUGACCCUGCUGUGAUGGAGGACAUGUUGAAGCAGACAGAGGCUGAAGGACCAGGGCGUGAAUCCAGACGAUGUCAAACUGAGCUGGAGGAAGCAGGCGGAUGGAAAGGUCUUCCACAAGGUGGAGAAGAAGACCGAGAAGAAGACAAAGAAGACUGAGCUCUAAUGUUGAAUCAGCUGCGUCUGUUUUCCUCAAAGUCCUCGUGUAACAGAUCAGAACAGAUCAUGAACAAUUAGUCACAACUGUUUGAAAAAUCACUUAUUCCUUUUAGUGAUUUUUCAAACAAUAUUUGCUGGUUCCAGCUUCUCAGAUGUGAUGAUCUGAAGCUUUUCUUUGUUAUAUAUGAUCAUCAGCUUCAUAUCUUUGGCUGUUAGAUUUGAAUUCAUCUCCUUUUUUUUUUGACAUUUUAUAGAUGAAUUAAUAAUCAAAUAAAAAAAUUGGCAGAUUAAUUGAUAAUGAUAUUAACAUUCGGUGCAGCCCUAAAUCAGAACAUCUCCAAACGAGAUAUAAAUCGUUAUUAUGUCACCUGUGACAAUUUCAAGCAAAUUCCUUAAAGAAACUCUAAAAUAAGAUACAAUAAGAUGAAAUAGAUACUUAAAGAUUGAUCCAUCAGAAUCAGAAUCAGAAGUACUUUAUUAAUCCCCGUAGGGAAAUAGUUUUUGUUACCGCAGC